UCUGUGCAUUUAGGGUGGUUCAAAGUGGAGUGAUAAAAUAGUCAUCGUUGUCUGUGUUCCGUGGUUCCCUGACGAACCCCCCGUUGGGAAAGGCUGGGACCUGGCUGACCCAGAAGCCCCCCUCGCCCCCAACCCCACUCCAGGUUUGGGCAGCCGGGAACGAGAGGCCUAAGAGAGUUGGGAACGGGUUCAAGGUUGUGCAGAGUCUCAAAGCCGGCAUUGUGUGAUGGACGGCAGGACCGUCCACUCCUUCUUCAUUUUGGACAAGGGACAGUUGCAGGACUCUGCUUUUGCUGUCACCAACUGUGAAUGUGCAUUUGCGGAGCUUCGAGCGAGCGCAGGAGCCACGGGCUUGGGAGGCCGAGCAGCGCCCUCCUUCCCUGAGAGCAGAGGUUGCACCUCUGGCUGGCUCUGGCUGUACACUGGGCCGCAGAGGAUUCCGCAAGGAUGAAGAAACAGAGCAGCACAGACUCAGGGGCGGCUGCAGCCCCACUCCAGCAGGACGCCUGCCCAGAUCCCCCGGAUGGAGACCCCCACCCCGGGCCACCUCCAACCAAGCCCCACCUCUCCACGACCAGGAGCCGUGCCUGGCUCUUUGGGAAGGGCGAUUCGGAGGAGGCUUUCCCGGCGGGUUGCCCCCAUGAGGAAGGUGAGCUGGCCUCCUGCCCCACCAUCACAGUCAGCCCUGUCAUCACCAUCCAGAGGCCUGGGGACGGCCCCACCUGUGCUAGGCAGCUGUCCCAGGACUCUGUCACCGCCGGCACUGAGAAGAUCCUCAGGCUCUAUGAUCGCAGGAGUAUCUUCGAAGCCGUGGCUCAGAACAACUGCCAGGAGCUGGAGAGCCUGCUGCUGUUCCUGCAGACAAGCAGGAAGCACCUCACGGACAGCGAGUUCAAAGGUGGCCCCGGCGUGGGCUCCAGGGGGGGCCCCAGCCCCGGCCGGCCUGACCCGCCCUCUGUCUGUCUUUCAGACCCGGAGACGGGGAAGACCUGUCUGCUGAAGGCCAUGCUUAACCUUCACAGCGGGCAGAAUGACACCAUCCCCCUGCUCCUGGAGGUCGCGAGGCAGACGGACAGCCUGAAGGAGUUCGUCAACGCCAGCUACACCGACAGCUACUACAGGGGGCAGACAGCACUGCACAUUGCCAUUGAGAGGCGGAACAUGGCACUGGUGACCCUCCUGGUGGAGAACGGGGCAGACGUCCAGGCUGCAGCCAACGGGGACUUCUUCAAGAAAACCGAAGGGCGGCCGGGAUUCUACUUUGGUGAGCUUCCCCUGUCCCUGGCCGCCUGCACCAACCAGCUGGGCAUCGUGAAGUUCCUGCUGCAGAACUCCUGGCAGCCAGCCGACAUCAGCGCCCGGGACUCAGUGGGCAACACGGUGCUGCACGCCCUGGUGGAGGUGGCUGACAACACGGCCGACAACACCAAGUUUGUGACGAGCAUGUACAACGAGCUUCUCAUCCUGGGGGCCCGGCUGCACCCCACGCUGAAGCUGGAGGAGCUCACCAACAAGAAGGGGAUGACACCGCUGGCUCUGGCCGCUGGGACCGGCAAGAUCGGGGUCUUGGCCUAUAUUCUCCAGAGGGAGAUCCAGGAGCCCGAGUGCAGGCACCUGUCCAGGAAGUUCACCGAGUGGGCCUACGGGCCUGUGCACUCCUCACUCUACGACCUGUCCUGCAUCGACACGUGUGAGAAGAACUCGGUGCUGGAGGUGAUCGCCUACAGCAGCAGCGAGACCCCUAAUCGCCAUGACAUGCUCUUGGUGGAGCCGCUGAACCGACUCCUGCAGGACAAGUGGGACAGAUUCGUCAAGCGCAUCUUCUACUUCAACUUCUUCAUCUACUGCCUGUACAUGAUCGUCUUCACCAUGGCCGCCUACUACAGGCCGGUGGCUGGCUUGCCUCCCUUUAAGAUGGAAAACACUGAAGACUAUUUCCGAGUUACUGGAGAGAUUCUGUCUGUGUUAGGAGGAGUCUAUUUCUUUUUCCGAGGGAUUCAGUACUUCCUGCAGAGGCGGCCGUCGCUGAAGACCUUGUUUGUGGACAGCUACAGUGAGAUGCUUUUCUUUGUGCAGUCCCUGCUCAUGCUGGCCACCGUGGUGCUGUACUUCAGCCACUGCAAGGAGUACGUGGCUUCCAUGGUGUUCUCGCUGGCCCUGGGCUGGACCAACAUGCUGUACUACACGCGCGGCUUCCAGCAGAUGGGCAUCUAUGCCGUCAUGAUAGAGAAGAUGAUCCUGAGAGACCUGUGCCGUUUCAUGUUCGUCUACAUCGUCUUCUUGUUCGGGUUUUCCACGGCGGUGGUGACGCUGAUUGAAGACGGGAAGAACAACUCUCUGCCAACUGAGUCCACGUCGCACAGGGGGCGGGGGCCUGGCUGCAGGCCCCCCGAUAACUCCUACAACAGCCUGUACUCCACGUGCCUGGAGCUGUUCAAGUUCACCAUCGGCAUGGGCGACCUGGAGUUCACCGAGAACUAUGACUUCAAGGCCGUGUUCAUCAUCCUGCUGCUGGCUUACGUCAUCCUCACCUACAUCCUCCUCCUCAACAUGCUGAUCGCCCUCAUGGGUGAGACGGUCAACAAGAUCGCGCAGGAGAGCAAGAACAUCUGGAAGCUGCAGAGAGCUAUCACCAUCCUGGACACGGAGAAGAGCUUCCUGAAGUGCAUGAGGAAGGCCUUCCGCUCCGGCAAGCUGCUGCAGGUGGGGUACACACCUGACGGCCAGGACGACUACAGAUGGUGCUUCAGGGUGGACGAGGUAAACUGGACCACUUGGAACACCAACGUGGGCAUCAUCAACGAAGACCCGGGCAACUGUGAGGGUGUCAAGCGCACGCUGAGCUUCUCCCUGCGGUCAAGCAGAGUUUCAGGCAGACACUGGAAGAACUUUGCCCUGGUUCCCCUUUUAAGAGAGGCAAGUGCUCGAGACAGGCACUCAGCUCAGCCCGAGGAGGUUCAUCUGCAACAGUUUUCAGGGUCCCUUAAGCCGGAAGAUGCUGAGGUCUUCAAGAAUCCCCCUGCUUCCGGGGAGAAGUGAGGACCUCACACAGAAAGCACCGUAAAUGCUGGGCCCCCCACUGCCUCAGGGGGCUGCUAGGGGAACUCCAGUGCUCGGUCAGCAGCAUGGCCUGGUCCGGGCCUGCUCAGCCUGUUCCCAAGUCUGCGUUGGACAAGUGUGGGAAGCCGUGUUGGAAGCAGGAGGAGUGACGUCCAUCCAACACCACUGUCAACAAGUGAACCUCCAACAGGCUUUCGAGUUCUUAUCCACUUUAUUCAACAGUGUGGACUGUCAGUCUCUCCUGGGACAUGUUACGCCCUUGUUUUCUUUUCUUUUCUUUUCUUUUCUUUUUUUUGAGACAGAGUUUCACUCUUGUCUCCCAGGCUGGAGUGCAAUGGCG